UUGUAUGUAACUACACUAUCAUGGAAUGCACCUGUCAAUUUCCGCUGUCAAUGUUGUCAUAAAAUUAAAAUUUUUGUCAGACUAGUUUGUAAUUUGUUGUGGAGGAGGGAUAAAAGAGUGAAUCAGUGUGUGCUCGUCGCUAUUAAUUAUGUAGAUUAUCAAACAUUGCGCUGUAUUGUUCGUGCGAGGCUCACAGGCGAUACAUAAAAAGUUCCCACUUACUCUCACGGUUCCCAAAGAAAGUCGUGAAAGGUUCACUUUGUAUUAUGAAUGGGUGUUGUGAGUGCGCUCGGGCUGGCAUCAUCACGCGAGCCAUGUCGUGCUGAUGCACAAUAAAUUGGUGUUACAUUGGACGACCACUAGUGCGCGUUAGUGCGCGUUAGUCGUCAAUAAAUUUGGAAAGUCCGUGCUUUCUCGUCGCGCACCAGCGAUGGCGGGGUUUCAGGCGAGCGAUACUAUGCCCAAGUUCGGGCACGUGACGGACCUGCGCGAGCAGUGGCUGGUGCGCACGGACGGCGCGCUGGCGCAUCGGCUGCAGGACCGAGAGAUCUCGACGCACCUCUGCGAAAACAGGCAUCGCAACCAGCUUAUCCGCGAAGACUUCCCCGUGGCGCUUAGCGAGCAGCAGGUGCUGGAGCACGAGGCACACCUGCGCGAGCUCACACGUCGCCGGCAGGCAGAGAUAGAUGCCGAAAUAGCUCGUGAAAUGGCUGAAAUCAACCUGCGCCGACAGAGGCGCAACCACUCGGAGAUACUGCAGCAGCCGAGCUCGUCGCGCGCCGCAGCGCCUGCGCCACUGCCUCCACCGCCUAACGACAUUAACCCUGAGGAACUUGGGCUCUCACCUGCCGGAACUAAGAAAAUAAAAAAGCGAAUGGAACAAGAGGAGAGAGAUGCAAGACUGGCACGAGAGUUAAGUCACCAAGCUGAAGGACAUGAUGCCCUGCUGGCUGACAUGAGAUGUGCAGUUGAGGCCCAAGAUGGUGAGCUGGCAAGGCUACUCCAAGAGAGAGAGUACAAGAAACUGCAGAGAGCUAAAGAAAAAGCAAAACAGAAGGCUCUUCUGAAAAAACAGCAGCGCAUGGCAGCUCAGCAGCUUCAGGAGUGUGAACCUACGCAGACUCCACAAGCCACCCUCUGUGACGCAUACAGCAACCCACGGGACAUCAUCAGGGAAAACCCACUCAGACUCUGUAAAUCUGUGGACUCAGAUUUAAAUUAUGUUGAGCCUUUUGAAAAGGAGCAUAUUGAAUCAAAAGCCAGUGCAAUGAAAGCAAAGGAAAUGUCCAAUCAGUUCUACUCUCAGCACACAGACGCAGCUGUGCCUGGUGUGAAUGUAUCUCACUCGCACUCAAGAUCAAUGGAUUCCGACAGAUGGACAACUAACGGGCACAAUGGACUGCAGCACCGCCAUCCCCCUCCUCCACCCGCUACAGGCAAGAAGCCCCGGUUCCCAGAUCCAGUGAGUAUCCGCCCAGCAUCACACUACCCAGCAGACAAUCAUCCAAAUGAAACUAUGCCAAAUGGGUCCAAUUUCCCACACAGCUACAGUGAAAACAACAACUUGUACAGCACAGCAUAUCCACCGGACGAUGACAGCGUAAGUACUCCUCAAUCAGGCCGUGAACGACUCGACACAUCUAAAAGGAUGUCUGUAAUAUCAGACAUUACCUCAGAAGGUUUAGCCAAAAAGAAAAGUAAGCAGGCAGAGAAGAAACGUAAAGGUUGUAGGAUACAGUAACGUAGGUUUGGAUAAUGGUUUGCUGCCUUCUGCUAAUAAGGAUACAGUCCAAAAUAUGAUUUCUUUAUCUAUAAUCAAUAUCUAUGUAAUUUUAAUUUUAAAAAGCAAUUAUUUGUUUUUUUCUUGGAUGAUACUUUACCUAUACUAUAAUAUGUUGGUGUGUGUUAUUAUUGUCUUAUUGAUUAUAUCAUUUAAUGUAAAGGAGCAGCAAAGUAUAUUAAUUUUACAAAAGAAUUAAAGUCAAAAAGCAGCUGUGGUUUCACAAAUGUGAACUAAUGGGAACAAAAUUGUGUCUAAAAAGCUAAUCUUGCAAGAUAUCUUAAAAUUACCUAUUAAAGCUUUAUAGUGAUAUAUUAUUUAAAGCUUUUAUAAAAAAAAAAUUACAGUGUUCUUGGUAUUUUAUUACCAUACAUUAUAAUUAAAACACAAUAUACAUGUUUUUUGAGUUGACUUUUCUGAGUACACAAUAUCUUCUAUAGUAGUCUUCUUGGACCUAUAGGUUUAUGAUGAAUGAUGUUACUGGUAAUAAACCCCCAAUAACAAUUGAUAUGAUCUGGAAUUUGGGAACAAAUUGCAUAAGUAUUUAAUUAAAUGUCAAUUGUCGAAUAAGCAUAGAAUAUGAUAAAUAUUCUUAAUAUAGCAUUAAGAAAUUAUUUAUUCACAUUAAACCUGCAAUAUCAAUCACGAAUUAACUAAAUUAUAUUGAAAUAAUUGUUACAAAUUACACUACAGAUCAUUUAAUUUAAAAAAAGUAACAGGUUUGGCACAAGUGGGGCAUUUAAAAAGUAGUGAGAAAUAGGAAAUGUAUGAAAGAUAUAUUACAGGUCAUAUGUUAAUUUGUGAUUGAUAUUGUAGAGCUAUUGCAGCAGUACCUGCAUGAACCAAUGAGCCAUUUAUUGUAAGGACUUAAUGUGCCUUAAAUAGAGAUAAGUUAUAUUUAAAAUAACAUUCCAAUUAUUUUUAUAAGAGUAUUUUGAGGCAGAUUUUGCACAUUGUACACAUCUUUUGAAAUUUUAUUAUAUUGAAACAUGUCUUAAUACAAUAAAACAAACUUUUAAUAUUAUGCUGCAAGAAUGGACUAUAUGCAAAAAUAGUUUGAUUGAUAAUAAUUUAACAGACAGUCACCCUUUUUAAAAUAUCAAUGUGGGUUAUUUUUUUAUAGCUUAUAAAAAACCGAAUGUCACAGUAAUAAAAAAACCUAUACAACAUUCAAGAAAGAGAUGUAGGUUAGGCCAUUCUUGACCUCACAGUUUGAUAUCUGUGACUUGGUCCUAAAAGAGCAAGUAUUUUGGUCCUUUUCCACCAAGCCACAUAUAUUGUGAAAUAUUUUCAAAUUGAGAAUUUGCCUCAGUUGGGGAAUUGAUAGGCCCAGGAAAACAAGGGUAUAAUUUAAGUGAAUAUAUUUGAUUUUGAUAUUUAACAUUCGAAUAUAUAACUCAUUUUAAAUUGUAUGUAAAUACUUUAUCGUAAUUCCCACGCAGAGUGGUAGACGUGGACACGUCAUGGUCAAA